AUGGGGUGGCUGCGGGCGCCGGUCGAGGCCUUAGAGCAGCGACCUCUCCAAUGCCACCGCUGUCUUCGGCGCGAGCAUGUCAUUGCGACGUGCACGUAUACCGCGCUGGAGGAGGAUCGGAGGAGCCGAUGUUAUCGGUGCGGCAAGAAGGGCCACGGAGUCGCAACUUGUGAUGCGGCCCCCCACUGCCCGUUGUGCACCGACCUCGGCCGGCCCGCAGCCCACAGGCUAGGUGGAAAAGCCUGCGCCCCGAUCCCCCGCGGGGGAGCCAAGAGGACGCAGAAGGUUGCCAAACGGGACGGAGCUAAGUUCUCCGCCCCGAAGGAAGGAGCUAAUGCCGGUGCAAUAACACCCGCGCCGGCAUCAUUAGGGGAAAAAGCUACCCAGCCCUCUCUGAGCGGUGCCCGGGAAGAGAAGAUGGAGGUGGAGCAGCCACCUACUCCACAGAAACAUUAG